AAAAUAAAGAUGUCAAUGAUUUCCCUCCAUCAUCGAUUGUGCCAAUUUGUGUUCUUGGUAGCACUGAGUGGCUUAGCUAGUGCUAAUUUCUACAAUGAUUAUACAAUUGAUGGCAAUAACAUAUCCGCAACUUUGAGUACUAAUGUGCUGCCUCAAAAAGAAGAUCCUGGAACUUGUGAAUGCGACCUUACCUCCAAUUCAUGUGAUGCUUACUGUUGUUGUGACUAUGAUUGCUCUAGCCUUAGAAGCCAGUGGAAGAAGAACAAUUUGUGACGUGAUGAAGCUGAAGAGGUUGCUUUACCUCUAAACGACUGUGUUAGUGACAGCAACAUCAAAAACUAUAAUAGGGAAAGAGGAGAGUAUAGCUAUGCUGGGCCUUUGACUCGGCUGUUCUGUAUAUUUUUCAACAACCAUCCUCCUUCUAAUAAGUUCUUUAAGACAAAGACUUCUGUGACGAAUGAUGAAGUGAACGAUCUUGAUUCGAGUGAUGUUACUUUUGGGACCAAGCUUUUCACAAUUGAUGAAACUCCCACAAAUAAUUAUUACUCAAUUGGAGAUCCUCUAUUUGCAAUUUAUCAGGACCAAGGGAAUGCUAGACAUUUCAGACUUCCUAAGCCAGGGUUUAGCGGCGCUUGUGACUUCAAUUCUCCUGCUUUAUAUCUAACUAAUGAAGAUGUGACUUGUAUGGGAGAGCUAACAUUUAGCUCUGCUAGCUGUACAGGUGCAGAUUUUAACCCUCAAUACUACUUCAAGGGAAGAAUGAGCCUUGUACUUAAUCCCCAGUCAACUUCAUCAAUUGUGGAUGUCACAUCUUCCGCAUAUUACACAGUGGAUACUAAUGGAAAAUAUACCAAAGCCACUACUGCUGCUCCAGCUUCAACCUUCACUUCUACUACUCAAUGCGGGAAUAUCUUGAAAGAAGCCAUCUACACAUUCAAAUAUACAAACAGGAGUGAUGGGUUCCUUGUUCCUUCAUCAGUUGACGUAAUUCUGGUGCUUUAUGAAUCGCUUACUACUACCACUGCAGGCUCAACGGUGUCCGUUCCUAUGAGAUUCAGGACAUUCUUUGAAUUAGAUAACUCUGUUUCACAAAAGACUUAUAGAUCUGGUAAUUCUGGGUAUCUUGGCAAUGAGCCUCUUCUUGUUGGUACAACUAGUAGCUCUAGCCUAGGUAUUGACUCAAAUCCAGAUGGAUAUAGAGUUGAAGUUUCUGCUACUACUUGUGAAACAAGUUCAAAUCAAGCUGAUAAACUUACUACGACUGCUGAGAAUACUUUGAAUUUCAAUCAGAAUUUAACAACAGGAUGUUAUGUUGAAGCACUUGGAACCACUGCUGCAGAGUUCCAAACACUAUGCAAUAAUGCCGCAAGGGGAAGCCUAAAUAUUUUUAGUCAGCUUACCAACUUAAACAGGGUUGGGAAAUACGGAAAUGCCAAUGUCAAUUAUCCCAGUGACUGGAUAACUGUCAUUGAGCAAGAUUUAGAUUAUGCUACAUCAACUUAUGAUGCCACUGCUCAGACUUGCAAUUUACUCACAGAAGUUUCUGUCCAAUUCUUGACUGCUAAAAGAGGAUCUCCUGAGAACCAGCAUGCUUAUAUUAUAUCAGCAAGGAAGAAGGGCAUCAGAAGAACUGUAAACUAUGAUGAUUUUGUAGCUCAAAAUCGAAAAAUAGACCUAAAAGUGAGCUAUCAAUAUACCAGAAUCACAGAAAAAGAAGCCUCCCUUGGGUCUAGAAAGCAUAAAGUUGCAUAUGAGUGGCCUUCUGAUAUCCUCUGGCCUUUCGGAGAGUUCGAUAGUGCUUACAGCUCUACUCUUACAGCCACCAUUUUAACAGCUUGUGUUGCAAUAGGUUUGGAAUUUUUCGGAUAAAUAUAUUCAAUAUUCUAUGAA